AUGGCCGGCAGUCAGCGCUAUCUCCGCUACAUUGUCUUUGCCCUCGUGGCACUCGUCCUCCUCUACUUCAUCAGCUCGUCUUCGUCGGUGCCUGCCACCUCAUGGCCCACCUACUCAGACGCCUUGACUGGUGCUGCUACACCCGGUAAACCGAAUGCUGCUCCCGUAGAUGUCUCCGCUCCUGUUCCAGGCAACGAUGUGAAGCAGCAACCCGCGGCCCCAACCACCCCCAAGCCCCCCAAGCAGCUCCCUCCUGCCUCCGCACCCGGCUCGCGCAUGAACGCCACCUUUGUCACCCUCGCCCGCAACUCGGAUGUCUGGGAAAUCGCAAAGUCGAUUCGUCAAGUCGAGGACCGCUUCAACCGCAAAUUCAACUACGACUGGGUCUUCCUCAACGAUGACGACUUCAGCGACGAGUUUAAAAAGGUGACAAGCGCGCUGGUGUCUGGCAAGACCAAGUACGGAAAGAUCCCCAAGGAGCAUUGGUCCUUCCCCGAAUGGAUUGACCAGGACAAGGCUGCCAGGGUACGCGAGGAAAUGAAGGAGAAGAAGAUCAUCUAUGGCGAUUCCAUCAGCUACAGGCACAUGUGUCGCUACGAGUCGGGCUUCUUCUUCCGCCACCCAUUGAUGCUCGACUACGAGUGGUACUGGCGCGUCGAGCCCAGCGUCGAGCUGUACUGCGACAUCAACUACGAUACCUUCAAGUUCAUGGCCGACAACAACAAAAAGUACAGCUUCACCCUCAGUCUGUACGAGUAUGUCGAGACCAUUCCGACGCUCUGGGACGCCACCAAGAACUUCACCAAGCACUACCCCCAGCACGUGGCCAAGGACAAUGGCAUGAAGUUCCUCAGCGACGACGGUGGCGAAACCUACAACCACUGCCAUUUCUGGUCUAACUUUGAGAUUGGCAACCUCAACUGGCUCCGCUCCGACGCCUACAUUGACUUCUUCAACUCUCUCGACCACGCCGGCGGCUUCUUCUACGAGCGAUGGGGUGAUGCGCCCGUCCACUCCAUUGCCGCCGGCUUGAUGCUGCCCAAGGACCAAAUCCACUUCUUCAACGACAUUGCCUACUACCACGUCCCCUUUACCCACUGCCCGACUGGCGAAGAGUACCGUCUCGAGCACAAAUGCCAUUGCAACCCCAAGGAAAACUUUGACUGGAAUGGUUACAGCUGCACAGCACGCUUCUACGAAAUGCAAGGCAUGCAGAAGCCCAUGGGGUACGAAAAAGAGCAGAACAAGUAG